AUACUUUAAUAAAAAGUUAAAAAAUUUAUAAAAUUUAAUAUAAAAAAAACCAAGCAAAAAGUUUGCAGUAAAACCAAAAUUAAAUCAAAUUCAGCUAUCAAGGAUUUCGAAUUGACCAAUAUUUUAUAUACAAUUUUAUUGUUUGAAAGCGGCAAAACAGUUCCUUCCUCUCUUCCUCCUACCCCUGCUACCAAUAAAACCAAAACAAAAAUACAUAAACAUGUUGUCUUCAAAUAAAAAACCACCGAGAUUACCCAGGUUUCUCAGCCUAAACAUAUGCUCCCUAACACUAGCACUCUUCCUCUUUGUAACAUCCAGCCAAGCUGCCGUCCAUUCUGUUCUCACCUAUAAAAAUGCCUCAACACUAUUGGGCCAGUUGGUUACAUCCAGUACCCUGGUAUGGGAAACGUAUGAACUUAAAAAUCCCAAACAAUUACAGUAUGCCGUCGAGGGCGGUAAAUACAUUACCGAAGAUGAACACUAUCCUAUCUAUGUGUGCAGGGUGAAUAUCGAUGGUGUGGGCACCAUUGGUCAUACGGAGAAAAUCCAACAGUCACAUGAGUGCAAAGCAGCCCAUUACAAGAAUAUGAGAUAUAAGGUUUUUGAUGUCUUGAUUAAUAAGGGUCAUUUGGGCAAGGUGUCCUGGAAGCAUUGGCGUAAAUUUAAUGUGGGCGUGCCUGUGGGAGCCAUACGCAUUGGCGAGGAUGCUUAUAUAGGCAGACAUAAGGCACCACAAACGGAGAAUAAUGCUGCUGAGGGGGGCCAGCAGCAGGGAGCUGAUUUCAAUUUGGGCCGUUUGGAUCCAGUGGGUUUGGGUAAAAUUAAGGUGAUGGAAUCGAAUAUUGAAAAGGAUUAUGAUGAGGGUGAGCUGUUGGUGGAGACUGAGCCUUUCCGUUAUGAGUUGAAAGAUAUCAAAUUGGAUCAGAUACGUUUGGAUAUAAGAGAAAAUAUUACGGAAUUGGCUUUUGGUGUCUUGGCUAAUAAUGGCGAUAAAUACAGUGUGGUGGAGACGGCUUUAACUUAUGGCUUUGAUCAUGUGCAAUACUGGGGCUCUCAUGAGGGUGUUGCUCGAGGCUUGCCUACCAAAGUCUUUGAAAAUGAUGCUUCCAAACCGGCUGAAAUCAAUUGGGCUCUCAAACAUAGUGAAAAACGUUUUGAAACAAAGUCAGUGAAUACUAAACUAUGGCCAGGCACUGCUAUUAAUGUUACACUCAAGGGUAAUUAUGUGACUUUGGAUGCUCCCUACAGUGCGAAACUGUAUGCCUUCUAUGCGGGCAGUGAGGACAGUGUAUCGAGAAAAAUUAAAGCAGAGGUACGCAAAUCCUAUUUGAAGGAUGUUAAAUUGGAGUUAACCAAUCCCUAUUGGAUUGAAAAUGGCACCUUUGUACCCGUGACUUCCACCACAUCUACCACCUCGACUACCACACAUGCCACCACCACCAGUGCUGGCACACCAACACCCAUACACGAACCACCAGUAGUGCAAAUGACCAAUAUGGGUCCCGUCCACUCUGGACCCGAUUCCCUGGAGAAAUCCAUGAAAGAUGAACCCUCCAGCAGCAAUGAAAUACCACAAGAUAAACCCGAAAAUAUAGCAGCUAAACAUCAAAAUACCGCUUUGGCUGGCAUAGGAGCCUCAACAAAUUCAGCCACCACCACCACCACGACAACUCUACAACAAUCCAUCAUGUUUGCGGCCAGUAUGACAACCCUAUUAACAGUUUUACAUUCAUUUUAUAUUUAGAAUAAAAUUAAAACGAAUUAUUAUUAUUAUAAUUAUAAUUAAAAUUAAAUGGUAUGAUAAUUUUUACUUUCUUUAAUAAUAAUAAAAAAAAACCAAACAAAAAA